CAGGAAGCCCCGAGGCCAGUGCCCCCCAUAGACUUGAGGCUUGUGCAGGCAGUGGGCGUGGGGUAAGGCUUCCUGAUGCCCCCUGUCCCUGCCCGGAACCUGAUGGCCCUCAUUAGUCCUUGGCUCUUAUCUUGGAAGCACAGGCGCUGACAGCCGUCCCAGCCCUUCUGUCUGUGAACCAAACGGUGCCAUGGGGAACUGUCUGCACCCGGUGGAGCUCUCCCCCUCAACUCAGAACUCAAGUCAGCUGAACAGUGAAGAUUUAUGGAAUUCUUCCUAUUAUGGGAAUGAUUCCUUCCCAGAUGUAGACUACGAUGCCAACCUGGAAGCAGCUGCCCCCUGCCACUCCUGUAACCUGCUGGAUGACUCUGCACUGCCCUUCUUCAUCCUCGUCAGUGUCCUGGGCAUCCUAGCUAGCAGCACUAUCCUCUUCAUGUUUUUCAGACCUCUCUUCCACUGGCAGCUCUGCCCUGGCUGGCCUGUCCUGGCGCAGCUGGCUGUGGGCAGUGCUCUCUUCAGCAUUGUCGUGCCCAUCUUGGCACCAGGGCUAGGUAGCACCCGCAGCUCCGCCCUAUGUAGCCUGGGCUACUGUGUCUGGUAUGGUUCAGCCUUUGCCCAGGCUUUGCUGCUAGGGUGCCAUGCCUCCCUGGGCCCCAAACUGGGUGCAGGCCAGGUCCCAGGCCUCACCCUGGGGCUCACUGUGGGCCUUUGGGGAGUGGCUGCCCUACUGACACUGCCUAUCACCUUGGCCAGUGGUGCUUCUGGUGGACUGUGCACCCCGAUAUACAGCAUGGAGCUGAAGGCUUUGCAGGCUACACACACUGUAGCCUGUCUUGCCAUCUUUGUCUUGUUGCCAUUGGGUUUGUUUGGAGCCAAGGGGCUGAAGAAGGCAUUGGGUAUGGGGCCAGGCCCCUGGAUGAAUAUCUUGUGGGCCUGGUUUAUUUUCUGGUGGCCUCAUGGGGUGGUUCUGGGACUGGAUUUCCUGGUGAGGUCCAAGCUGUUGCUGUUGUCAACAUGUCUGGCCCAGCAGGCUCUGGAUCUGCUGCUGAACCUGGCAGAAGCCUUGGCAAUUUUGCACUGUGUGGCUACGCCCCUGCUCCUCGCCCUAUUCUGCCACCAGGCCACCCGCACCCUCUUGCCCUCUCUGCCCCUCCCUGAAGGAUGGUCUCCUCAUCUGGACACCCUUGGAAGCAAAUCCUAGUUCUCUUCCCACCUGUCAACCUGAAUUAAAGUCUACACUGCCUUUGUGAA